AUGGCAUCCGGACACAAGGCCAACGACCUGCCCAAGGUCCACCGAUACAUUACGGACCAUGAUACCGAAGGCAAGGCAAUUCUAUCAAAGGCCCUGCCCUCCCCGCUACCGGAGCAGACCAUUCUCAACGGCGUCGUGUUUGGCCUCGGCUACGUGACCACGGAGCGGCCAGUCGUCUUUGACGAGGGCAAGGACAUUGCCGCCUACACGCCGCUCAUCAAGGACCCGCCGGGCAUCGUCAUGCCGGGCGGCACCGUGGCGCGCUACGUCGACACGCCCCCGGGUUCCAUCAGCCCCAUGCACCGCACCGUCAGCCUCGACUACGGCGUGGUGCUCGAGGGCGAGGUGGAGCUGGUGCUCGACUCGGGCGAGACGCAGCUGCUCAAGCGCGGCGACCUGGUCGUGCAGCGCGGCACCAUGCACGCCUGGCGGAACCCCAGCAAGACCGAGUGGAAUCGCAUGUUGUACUUUCUCCAGGAGAGCGCGCCCGUGCUGCACGGCGGCAAGAAGCUCGAGGAGGACUAUGGAGAAAUGGGUGACGAGGUCAAGAAGAGUGGGAACUAG